UCUUUUUCUGUUUUUAAAAAAAAAAAUUAUCUUUACAAGAUUGGUAACGCUUCUGCUCUGUGUUUUUCGCCACAUGUAUGCAUUUUUGCAUUUGCAGGACGGAGCCACACUUGCCAGAUAUGCCUAUAGUUUAUGCAAGUGAUGCCUUCUUGGAAUUGACAGGUUAUGCUAGGAAUGAAGUUUUGGGGCGCAACUGUAGAUUUUUAAGCGGAGUUGAAACAAAUUCGUCAGUUCUUCAGAAGAUAACAGAAAGCAUUCAAACUGAGCAAGCAUGCACAGUACGUAUCUUAAAUUACAGGAAGAAUAAGAGUACAUUUUGGAACCUUCUUCACAUAUCGCCUGUCCGAAAUGCUACAGGCAAGGAUGGUCUGCCACUGCCAGCGCUCUCCUGCUGCCAAAAGGGGUCCCACGUCACCCUUAGAGAUUUAUGAUUGAUCAUUAGCCUGUGCUUUAUCCAGCAUCAGUCAGUGAUUCUAACCUUGUUCUCUAACUUUGUUCACCAUCCAACCAUCAUACUCAAAACAAGCACAAACGCAGUAUUUGGACAAACAAUGGACUGCACUUUUUCUGGAAAGUAACAUGUACCAAACUUGUGGUAUUUGGGUGGAUUUGUUUCUAAAACCUGAUGAAAAAAUUCCUCUUUAUAAAUUUUCACAUCGAAAUGAGCUGUUUUGCCUGAUAUUCAUUUUUUUUUCUAUU